AUGGCCAAUAACAACAACAACAGAGCACGGCUGCUGCCGCUACUUGUCGUACUCUUGGCCCUAACCAGUAUGGUGGACGCAAUGCCCCAGCGGCGUUUGAAAUCCCAGCGCCAAGUAGAGCUCAGCACGCCUUAUCCGGCAGCAGGCUUCAGACCAAAAAUAGCAUUCGAGUUGCCCGGGGAGCGACAGCCUAAGGUAAACCCCAUUGAGGCCGAAGUAGAACCACUCACGACGACUACCAGCCAGCCUACCACGCCCAGCAUUGUUGAAGAUUUUGGAUUAAGUAUCACCGAGGUGGAAAAUCAGGAUAAGGAAGUUAGCUUGCGCACGCCUGCCAAUACCUAUGGAGCUCCACAGCAACCAAAACCAGAGCAGCCCAACUCCGUAGAAGAUGUGGACACCAUUGAGGUGGUGGCCCAAGCGCCAUCGAAAGAGUUUCAGCCACCCACCCAGGAUGCGAUCGACGAUUUUGCCGCCCUUCCUGCAGCUGCUAACGGUGCUGAUGAGCUGCAGCCUGUUGCUGAUCUUCCUGCUGCUGACGCGGCCGCAACGCCAUCUCUGACGCCAUCCCGCGGCAGUGAGCUCGAUCUACAGGCCGAGGUGACGCCAAACGAAUUGGAAUUGAACGGAAAUGCGGGAAUUACGCCAGCCAGCACAUACGGAGCACCCGCCACCAAUGCCAAGGCACAGUCAAGGCCAGCGUCGACUUAUGGAGCACCCGAACUGACACCUGCCACGGAAUCGGAUGUCGAAGAGCCUGAGAGCGAGCUUGAAGCCUCGCAGGUGGAGCUGGUGAGCGAGUUGGAAGAGUCGGCCCUGGGUGAGGGUUUGACGAGCGGUCGUUUGAUUCUGCUGCCAUUGGAUGCUGCGGGUGGUCAGUUCGGACGUCUGGUCCUCGCUGUUCCACAGAUGCAAUGGCAGCGAAGUGGCCGGAUACGCAGCGAACGCUUGCGCAGGAUCUAA